CUGAACCGGAAUGAACCCAGAACGAAGCUUCUAAAGUGCCAUUCCCGGAUCCGCGAUGUGGCAUAUAUAUCUAUGAUAAGCUACACUCUGGAUGUCUUGGAUUGAGUCCCGUGGCAUUGUAAGGAUGACCAAUGGCUUAUCUAGUACGUAUCGCGGGAAUAUGAGGAGAAGUCACAGAAGGUCGCGCCAUCUUUCGUCGGUAACGCGCGAGUCAGCAACAUGUGCAGGGAUAUAUAUAUCAACUCGAGGUUUCACCCCAACCCCCACGAAUGAUGCGCUUUCUCGUAUCCAUUCUCUCGGCUUGCUUGGCCACCGCAAAAUUCGUCUCACAAACGCCGCUUUUUUCAGACAUCUCCCAUCACGAACUUCUCCAAGAUGACUAUUACGAGUUCAAAUGGCCUAUUCGCAAGGUCGCGAUCAUCGGUGCCGGACCUGGGGGUCUCAUAAGUUAUAGAGAGUUCAUCCAAGCGGGAUUCGAGGUUCGGUUAUUCGAGCGGGACGAUUUCCCCGGAGGGAACUGGCACUAUAGCGAGGAAGUCCCACCUGACGCCCCUGUUCCUAAUGCAGACCCCUCUGUGGGGGACUUCGUCCCCUCGUUGCCGCCGAAGGGAGCAAAUCUUCCCUACACAGAGGAAUACGUCGAUGAAGAUGCUACUGUUCUUCUUGAUAGAUGGCGGAACCACAGGGAACCCAAGCCUGUUUGGGCAUCCUUAAAGUCGAAUGCACCCUCAGUGCAUCAACAGAUUAGGGAAACGCCUUGGCCUGAAGGCACUCCCUGGUCUUUGCCUCACCUGACGUUACAGAGAUACCUCCGGGCAUUUGCAUCAUGGCACGGAAUUAAUACCAACGAUGACAAUCCUAAUGUGUCGUAUUCAACAAGAGUCGAGCAGGUCGAGAAACGGUUCCGAGACAACCGACACGUCGGCUGGACGCUCACUUUAAAACAGUUCGUUCAGACUGGUGACCGGACGUCGAAGGCAACUUGGUGGACGGAGGAUUUCGAUGCCAUUGUCGUAGCUACUGGGAGAUACAACGCUCCGAACAUCCCUAACAUCGAAGGGCUAGCAGCUUGGGCCGCACAGUUUCCUGGAAGCAUCCAACAUUCGCGUCAAUAUAGACGUCCGGAGCCGUUCUUGAACAAGACGGUUUUAGUCGUUGGUGCUGGAACGAGUGGCGGAGAAAUAGCUAGAGACCUUAAUUUCCAUGCUCGGAAAGUUUACUUGUCGACUAGGCCCGAUAACAGUACUGUACCUCAUUUCCCUCGAGAGGCCCAACUUGGUCGGGUACCCGAAAACACCACUUUCAUCGGGGAAAUUAAGCGCUUCCACCCGGCAUCGGAUAUAUCUACCGGCAAGGUGGAAUUAACUAACGGGACAGUCCUCACCGGCAUAGAUCACAUAGUAUUCUCGACAGGGUUCAAAUAUUCCUUCCCCUUCUUGCGUCAGUGUCACGAUUCAUCGCUGGGUCCGAAUGACCGGGCACAACCUGGUACUCCUCAACCUAUUGUGACGGAUGGUACUCACCUCCGCUCUCUUCACCUGGACGUGUUCUACAUCGAAGAGCCCACCAUUGGAUUUAUAAAUAUGAACGUUGGCAUGCAGUCGUUCUCGUAUGCGGAAUUCACCUCCUUAGCGCUAGCGAAGGUGUGGUCAAACAAAGCUAAGAUUCCUGAUACCCCGACGUUGUGGCGUUUGCACGAAGAACGGACUCAGGAACAAGGAGGAUAUGGCAAACAUUUCCAAUUCUUGGGUGCGAAAAGGAACAGAGAAAAAAUCAGGUUCUUUGUUGCCUGGUUGAAUGACGCCGCCUUGAGGUAUGGAGGUAGACAGAUAGACGCUGCGCCCGGCAACGACGAGGUAUUGGCAAUUUGGGCUGCUGCGAGGUAUGGGGAUGCUCAUCUCUCCGAGUUGUCGGAUUCUUCUUUCGCUCCUUUGACCGCCGAGGAGAAGGCAGAUAGAAUUGUAGACAUCAUCUUCAGUGAUGACUGGUAAAUAUAUCACCGUAGAUAAAAUUGGUGUCGCUAUGUACCAUUAUAGGUCCAAUUGCAGUGGCAGUGCUUGAAUUUGCUGAAUUUUGUACAGUGGUCACAGGUUCACUAUUGCUCUCCGCCUGCUCUCCACUGUGCACUACCAACCCCCACUGCCACUGCACCACUCCGACUAAUGGCUAUAUGUACUAAUGCUAUGGCGCCCACCUAUGACUUGCCGAAAGGGUGAUUUUCGGAAAAUGACGUAUUCGGAGCCAGCAAC